CUGCCUUAUUUCUGCUCUGCUUUUUUUAGGGGGCAUUUUUUCGUCAUUUUUUCCUUUCCUCCUAUAUAAUCGAGAGAUACCCCCAACCCUCAAUUUUGCAUCAAUCAUCCAUAUUCCUUCAAUUCACAAUGUUUGACGCUAUCAAGAACUGGUUCUCUCCUGCUCAGGAGAACGAGAACAAGUGGGAUGCCCGGAACGUGCAACUCCAGCAGCCCAACAGCCCUGCUGGCCCCGUCAUGAACAACGAGGCCGUUACUCAACAGCCGGGUGGCCCCGAACAGAUGAAUGUUCACAUGCGUGGUGGUGGUGAGGGCGAGGAUGUCUGCUGUGGAGUCUGCGCUGGUCUCUGCUGCUUCGAGUGCUGCGAGUGCUGCUGUUAGAUCAAUCACCCAUCGCCCUGAUGUCCCCGAUAAGCCUGGAGUUUUGAAUGCCGGAGCGAUUCACCUAGCGUUGUUUCUUUGUGGACACUCUUUCCAGCAGAAUAUCUUCAAUAAUGCCAUGAUGAAUAUGUACAUAUCUUUGAAUACAAAACUAUUAUCGUCA